AUGAAGGACACCAAGGUUCAACUUCUUCCUCUCCUUACCGCCAUCCUGGCGGUACCCGUUCAUGGAGCCCCCAAGGGCUAUACUGCUACCGCUACUGCUACUUUGACUAGUAGCUCUGCCUCUAUUGCCUCGGACCUACCUCCAGGCGCUCUGCAGCCAUCUGCUACGGCAGUUGCCAACAAUGGGGAUGGUGAUAACUCUGGCAAUGGCGGCGGAUUCGGAACAUGCGGAUGCGGAAUCUACGGAAGCUUCCCAGGAGGCUACGGCGGCUACGGCGGCUACGGCGGAUAUGGAAUCCCCCCUGGUGCCGCAAAUGGCGGAAUCAACGGUGGUAUCAAUGGCGGUGUCAAUGGAGGUGUUAAUGGAGGUGCCAAUGGAGGUGCUAACGGUGGCUCUGAUGGUGGCGUUAACGGAGGGGAUAACGGAGGAGCAAACGGCGGUUACAAUGGUGGUGCCAAUGGCGGCUACAACGGCGCCUGGAAUGGAGGUGCCAACGGCGGCUACAACGGUGGUGUCAAUGGAGGAUCCAACGGUGCCUGGAAUGGAGGUGCCAAUGGCGGCUACAACGGUGGCUACAACGGCGGAGCCAACGGCGGCUAUAACGGUGCCUGGAAUGGCGGUGCCAAUGGCGGCUACAACGGAGGAGCUAAUGGCGGAGCCAAUGGUGGCUAUAACGGAGGAGCCAAUGGUGGCUCUGAUGGAGGAGUGAACGGUGGCGAUAAUGGUGGUGCUAACGGCGGUACCAAUGGAGGAGUCAAUGGAGGUGUUAACGGUGGUGUUAACGGUGGUGCUAAUAUUCCCGGAUAUGGACUCCCUGGAGGAUACGGAGGCUAUGGAGCACCUGCAUAUGACGGGAAGGGUGAUGACAAAAGCAAUACCGACAAGGCAGACAAGACCGACAAGGCAAACAAGACUAAUAACGACUAA